AUGUGGGAAGACGGCCUAUCGCGUUCAUUUUACCCAAGUGACCAUGAAGAACACCGCCAGGUCGUAGGAACCCCAACACACUACCAAGCUGGUCUUCCUGAACACCCUCACAACAUCGACUAUGACAUAGCUUCUCCAAUGUCUGAUCGAGAAACUGGGGAAACCGGCGAAGUGUCACAAACCCAUGAACCAAAGAAAAAGGGUAAAAACAAGGAAUACUUGGAAGCCAGCAUUUCUUCUAGUGAAUCCAACCAAUUGGAAGCAGAUAAAUCCGGUCAACUUCUUCACCUCUACUAUGAGCCAGACUUUCAAGCCGGUGAUAUGUUUGACCUGGAUAAAUUUGAUGCCUGGAUCAAAUCCAAUCAAGACACUACAUCUACACCAUCCUCAUUUGAAGCAAUGAAUCAAGAAGGUUAUCCUAAACCCUAUUUUAGUACACCAUCUUCAUUGGAAGAAUGGCAGAAACUUGUCAGGAAAGUCAAGUGGAGAUGA